AAUUUGUUAGUUUAUAGGUAUAUUAAAGUUAUUUAAAAAAAAUGUUAUCAACUGGUCGCAUCAUAAAGGAAUUUCAAAUAGCUGAUAUUAAAAACAUAAUUCCUAAGUUGUCAUCCAGUUUGCACAAAGGGCAAUGUGGGCGUAUUGGAGUAAUUGGUGGCAGCUCCGAAUACACAGGUGCUCCUUACUUUGCAGCUAUGACUGCAUUACGUUUAGGUGCUGAUAUUGUCCAUGUUUUUUGCUCUUCAGCUGCAGGGACUGCUAUUAAAAGUUACAGUCCAGAUUUAAUUGUUCAUCCCAUUCUAGAUGAUGAUACAGUUUUAAAACAGUUAAGAAUGUGGUUACCAAGAUUGCAUUGUGUAGUAUUUGGGCCAGGUUUAGGGCGUGAAAAGAUUAGUUUGUACUCAGAUAUUCUUGAUCUUUUAAAGCAGUUUGGAAAGCCUACUGUUGUUGAUGCAGAUGGUUUAUAUGUCAUAUCAGAAUUACCAAAUCUUUUAAAAGAUUUUAAGAAUGUUAUAUUGACUCCAAAUGCUUCUGAGUUUAAAAGACUUUUAGAUUCUUUAACUAUCAAUAAUAUGCCAGAAAGUGAACAGUUAAACAGCUUUUUUAAAAGUUAUAGAGAUGUAACACUUGUAAAAAAAGGAAAUAAUGAUGAAAUUAUAAACUUCAAAUCAUAUUCUUGUGUCACUGGUGGAAGUGUAUGUCGAUGUGGUGGCCAAGGUGAUGUUUUAGCAGGUUCUAUAGCUCUUUUUAGUUGUUGGGCUGAUUUAGCUAAAUCUAAUGAUCCACUUACUUUGGGAGCUUAUAGUGGAUGUCUUUUUACCAAGACAUUAAGUAGCCAUGUAUUUAAACAUUAUGGUCGUUCAAUGAUUACAAAUGAUUUUUUUCCGAAAAUACAUAAUGUAUUUAAAGAUAUGUUUGGUGAGGAAUAGUAUUUUAUGAACAGUUUAAACUAUCUAAUUUGAAAAACAACAAAAAGUGUAUUUGUAUACAAUCAAGAACAUCUCUUUUUUUCCCCUUUGUGCUUGUGUGUGUGUGUGCAAGUUUUGUUUUA